AAAGCAAAACGGUUGUACAUAUUGGCACAAAAUGGCGUUUAAGUAAUUUCCAGUUUGCGUUUCUCUCAAUGACCCUUAUUGGCACCCGUGAACACGUGGCCGGAAAUUUACACGACAGGAAAGCAUGGCACUUUCACCCAAGUUGUUAUGAAUCUAACUCUCUCAACAAGUGAAUAUUUCUGAUAUUAACAUUGGUUUACAUUUCAUUUAACGUUACUCACGAUGACUACGGAUCAGAUCGUACCAGGACAGUUUGAUGACGCUGAUGGACCAGAAAGAGAAUCAGAAGCCGGCCGACCAAUUCAAGAUGCAUCCAUAAUUGAGGUCAACGUAAAUACCUCAAGCCAGGACGCUCUUGCAGAUGACGCAUACGAGGAUGAGGAGGACGAAGAUGACGAUGAUGAUUGGGACUAUGAUGAAUUUGGAGGGGGAGAUUUCACUAAACGCUACACCGCCCUGAGGAUAGGGAACAAUCACCAGGCUAAUCGACAGAAUCCAAGCAACAAAUCAAUGAAGAUGUCGACUCCCUCAGACAAAGUUCUGAGAAAAUUUGAACAUAAGAUCAACUUAGAUAAGUUCAAGUACGCUGACUCUGUUACUAACAAAGUGAAGGGGAUGGAGAGACAGAGAGAUGCAGACACGUAUCGGGUCAAGGACAAAUCGGACCGAGCUACAGUGGAACAGGUGUUGGAUCCAAGGACACGCAUGAUUCUUUUCAAGAUGCUGAGUAGGGGUGUGAUCUCCGAGAUCAACGGUUGCAUUAGCACAGGAAAAGAGGCAAAUGUGUACCAUGCAACCACUGCCACGGGAGAGGGUCGAGCCAUCAAAAUAUACAAGACCUCUAUUUUACUCUUCAAAGACCGAGACAAAUAUGUCAGCGGAGAGUUCAGAUUCAGGCACGGCUAUUGCAAAGGCAACCCCAGGAAGAUGGUGCGCACAUGGGCUGAAAAGGAGAUGAGGAAUCUCAUCAGGCUGCAAGCAGCGGAGAUCCCCAGCCCUGAGCCCAUCAUGCUCCGCAGCCACGUCCUCGUCAUGAGCUUCAUCGGCAGGGACGACAUGCCAGCUCCACUGUUGAAGAACGCUGCGCUCUCUGAGUCCAAGGCGAGGGAGCUGUACCUGCAGGUGAUCCAGAACAUGCGGAAGAUGUAUCAGGAGGCCCGACUAGUCCACGCGGAUCUCAGCGAGUUCAAUAUGCUGUAUAACAAUGGAGAUGCCUACAUUAUUGAUGUAUCACAGUCUGUGGAACACGACCACCCUCACGCCUUGGAGUUUUUGCGGAAAGACUGCAGUAACGUCAAUGACUUCUUUCUGAAGCAUGAGGUGCCCGCGAUGACUAUGCGUGAGCUGUUUGAGUUCAUCAUAGACCCCUCCAUCACCAGUGACAACAUCAAUCAGUACCUGGAAAAGGCUAUGGAGAUAGCGUCUGAGAGGACUGUGGAAGAGAGGUCCAACCGGGACAAAGUGGAUGAAGCGGUGUUUAAGAAUGCCUACAUUCCACGCACACUAACAGAGGUCAGCCAUUAUGAACGCGAUGUGGACUCCAUGAUGAAAGCAAAGGAGGAUGAGUCCUGUCUGAACACACAAAAUGACAAUAUCCUGUAUCAGACAGUGACAGGCCUGAGGAAAGACCUGUCUGGAGUUCAGACGGUGCCUGCUUUGUUGGAGGGCUGCGUAGAAGAGGGGAACUCGAGUUCAUCAGAGGAAGAGGGUGAUUCAGACGGUUCGGAUGAAGAGGAGGCGCCCUCGCUAGAGGACCAGAGUCAAGUACCACCAGUGGACAAAAAGGAACAAAAGAAACUGGUUAAAGAAGCCCAAAGGGAGAAGCGAAAGAAUAAAACUCCAAAGCAUGUGAAAAAACGUAAAGAAAAAGUGUGCAAGAUGAAGAAGGGAAAAUGAAAAGAUUAGACUGAUGCAUCUUUCGUGCACAAACAUGAAUUCGCCAUUCAGUUCUGCCAAACUUCAUAUGACUAUUCUCCUUGUGGUUAUUGACACCGCAUGAGAAAGUAAUUGCGCAAUAAACUCAUAAAGCUUUUCAGGAGAUUA